UGUCAAGCUUUCUGUUUGCAGAUGUAUGAUAAGCCAAGUAGUGAGCUAUAAUAGCUACACUGAACUUCUAAACUUUGGGAGAAUUGCCUAGACAUUGGUUCAGCACUUGAACGGCAACUGUUUGUGUUCUGAAAUAGGGAAAAAAUGUCAGCAGCCAUGCCAUACAUGAAAAUGAAAAUUGAUCCACGGAACCUGCAGAUUCAGACACAUACUGUGGAGAAGUUACUGGAACCCCUUAUUAUUCAGGUUACCACAUUAGUGAAUUGCCCUCAAAACCCUUCUAAUAAGAAAAAAGGAUGCUCCAAACGAGCCCGUGUUAUCCUUGCUUCUGUGGAAGAAGCCACUUGGAACUUACUGGACAAAGGGGAAAAAAUUGCUAAAGAGGCUCCUGUGCUAAUGGAGGAACUUAAUGCUGCGCUUUGUGAUGUCCGCAAAGAAAGUGAAGCUUUAAGGGUAGCUGCAAAAAAAUUCACAGAUGAUCCUUGUUAUUUGCCUAAAAGGGAGGCCGUUGUCCAAGUAGCACGUGCUCUUCUGGCUGCUGUUACAAGGCUUCUUAUUCUGGCAGAUAUGAUUGAUGUCUCAUACCUGUUGCAACAUCUAACCACGGUUCAAAGGACAUUUGUGUGUCUUCAAAAUGCAUCAAGUAAAUCUGAACUGCAGAAAACAUAUAAAAACCUCCAGAAAGAGUUGAAAAAGCUGGACCAUUUGGCAUUCAAACGACAACAGGAUUUAAAAUCCAACAAUCAACGCGAUGACAUUGCAGCAGCACGUGCUUCUCUGAAGGAAAAUUCAUCUCUUCUCCAUUCAAUUUGCUCUGCUUGUUUGGAACAUUCAGACAUUUCAUCUCUUGCAGCCAGCAAGGACUCUGUUUGUAAUGAAAUACAGAAUGCUCUUGAUGUCAUUUCCAAUGCUUCUCAAGGAAUUGGAAAUCAAAAGGUUCAGUCGACAUCACAGUCUGCUACUCUUGGAAGUGCCCUUGAUGAAUUUGAGAAUCUGGUUGUCUUGGAUCCUCUUACUGUGAAGGAAGACAAAAUAAGGCCAUCGCUAGAAAAGCGUUUAGAAGGAAUUAUCAGUGGUGCUGCUUUGUUAGCAGAUUCCUCUUGCACACGUGAUAUUCACCGUGAGCGCAUUAUCACGGAGUGCAAUGCUAUUCGCCAAGCCCUCCAAGAUCUUCUUUCAGAGUACAUGAAUAAUGCUGACAAAAAAGAAAGGAGCAAUGCCUUGAAUAUUGCAAUAGAUAAUAUGUGCAAGAAAACAAGAGACCUCCGCAGGCAGCUCCGCAAAGCUAUCAUUGAUCAUAUCUCAGACUCCUUCUUGGACACAACUGUUCCACUUCUUGUGCUCACUGAAGCUGCCAAAAAUGGAAGAGAAAAGGAAAUAAUGGAAUAUGCUGCUAUAUUUAAAGAACAUACGUGCAGGCUUAUUGAGGUGGCUAAUCUUGCUUGCUCAGUAUCAACAAACGAAGAAGGAAUAAAAAUUGUCCAAACAGCAGCCAGUCAUAUGGAGAGUUUGUGCCCACAGGUUAUCAACGCUGCUUUAGCUCUUGCGGCCAAACCCAAAAGCCAGGUGGUGAGAAACAACAUGGAAAUGUAUAAAAACACAUGGGAGAACCACAUACAUGUGCUCACUGAAGCUGUGGAUGACAUUACAAGCAUUGAUGACUUUCUUGCUGUAUCAGGUGUGCUGCUUUUGAUUUCAUCUUUUCCCGUAGAGAGUGGUGCAGCUGAGACAACAGAGCCUUGGCUAAAGCCACUGGAUGAAUUUGUGGCUGAGGUGGCAUUUAACCAGAUAUUUUCCUGUUACGUAAAAAUUACCAAAAGGAUUAAAAAGGCUUUGAUUCCAGAGUUUAUUGGUCAAGUCAACACUGCAUUGGAAAAGAUAAGCAGGAAUACAAUUCAUCUGUUUGAUGACAAUCAGUUUGUUGACAUCUCCAAGAAGGUCUAUGACACAAUUCAUGACAUUAGAUGUUCAGUCAUGAUGAUUCGGACCCCAGAAGAACUUGAAGAUGUCUCUGAUCUUGAAGACGACCAUGAUGCACACAGCCGCACCAGUACUCAAACUGAAGGGAAAACAGACAGGGCAAAGAUGACUCAGUUGCCAGAGGCAGAGAAAGAAAAGAUAGCUGAGCAAGUGGCUGACUUUAAGAAAGUCAAGAGUAGACUUGAUGCAGAGAUUGAAAUAUGGGAUGAUACCAGCAAUGACAUCAUCGUUCUGGCUAAACGGAUGUGUGUGAUUAUGAUGGAGAUGACAGACUUCACAAGGGGUAGAGGCCCACUGAAGAAUACAUCAGAUGUUAUUAAUGCAGCAAAAAUGAUCUCAGAGUCAGGAUCAAGAAUGGAUAUGCUUGCAAGAAUAAUUUCUAAUCAGUGUCAAGACCCAUCAUGUAAGCAGGACUUACUGGCUUAUCUAGAACAGAUCAAACUGUAUUCCCACCAGCUCAAAAUCUGCAGUCAAGUUAAAGCUGAAAUACAGAAUUUAGGCGGAGAACUCAUCAUGUCAGCAUUGGACAGCGUGACUUCACUAAUUCAGGCUGCCAAGAACUUGAUGAAUGCCGUGGUGCAGACAGUGAAGAUGUCCUAUAUCGCCUCUACGAAGAUUAUCAGAAUUCAAAGUCCUGCUGGCCCACGACACCCUGUGGUGAUGUGGCGGAUGAAGGCUCCGGAAAAGAAGCCUUUGAUUAAGAGAGAGAAGCCAGAGGAAAUCUAUGCAGCUGUCAGGAAAGGGUCGGCUAAGAAGAAAAUCCAUCCCGUUCAAAUCAUGAGUGAAUUUAGAGGAAGAGAAAUAAACUGAAAUUAUUAUUCUGUUCACUGCACAAGUUUCCUACACCAAGAGGCUGCUUGUUCUGUGUAGUUAUUUUUUCACUUCUCUAAUCCUACAAGUAAAGUAAUAGUUGAUGUUCUCGUUUUACAUAUGUUUAACAUUUACAUUACAUUAGGUUAUAUUCAUUUGUACACGAUGAAGCAGCCUAUGACUUUUUAAACCCACUUUUCAGUCAUUGCCAUCACAUCUUUUAACACGAUUUCUUCUGUUUUGAAGAGUGCUUUAAUUUUGAUCACUCACCCCAUUAUUUAAUAUAUUUGAUCUGGGAUCUCACUAUUUUGAACACAAUAUUAGGAAAACAUAAUAGUAUCACAAUGUGCCAUGUUUAAUCCAAAAAAAUUAAUUAGCAUUUGUUCAAAGCUUUGCAUUGUUCACAGCACUUCACACACAAUAUACAUUUAAAACAACCUUUGUUGUCCCCCAGGUUUCAGAAAGGGGCUGAGGCAGCUUGAUAAGGUUGUCUAAUAAUGUCACCUAGGGACUUCAUGGUUAAGGAGGAACAGAUCAGUCUAUUUUCACUCCAUGAUGCAGAAAAAUUCAUAUUGCAAAGAAUGAAUUCUUAGAACAUCCUUAUUUGUGGUUGUGGAUUUGAUUAUGGGAAGUUACUGUUCACACUCUUAAGAACUGCACUGCAGCAACUCUCACAUUAUUUCUAGUGGGAUAGUUAAUAAGACUAGAUUUUUGCUCAUGUUAUGAAAUACUGGCUUAAUUAAAGUCAAUGGGUGGCCUUCAGAAAAUCUUAAAAUAAUCAGCACUACAAGGAUAAUGUAUAAUUGGACCAGCUGUUCAAGUGAUGGAAACUGAUACAGCUGCAGGGUGUGUUGGACUUCAGGAGCAGAAAGAAAACCUUGUUCUUCAAACCAGUCUUCUUCUGCUCCUUUCAUAGCUCUCUGUUUUUUGGAGGAGGCUUGCUGAUUCAUCCAACACUCUACUGUUUUACCUUCCUUCCUUAAAACCCACUAGUCCUGCUUAACAAUGAAAAAUAUAUAAACCUGAAGAAAAUGGAAGUUUUAACCAUCUAGUAAUGAACAACUAAGGUAUCCCGCAGAGUGAUUAAAUUUAAUAUCUCAUAGGAGGAGAAAUUAUAAAAAUGUAAAACAUGUAUUGAGUUUGCAAGAUGUUUUCUCCUGCUUUUUUCCUGUUUCCCCAGGUGAUGUUUUGACAGAACUCUACCAGCUGGCACAAUGACUUCAAUGAUCAAAUGCAUAUUCCAUUUGGUUGAUGCUGUCAUAUAGCUGUACAAUAUAUAGUUAGGGAACCAAAACUGCUGAAACUAAAAUAAUCGAAGUAUUUUAGUCUCCCUGAGGCCAACAUACUAAAUCCCUGUUGAAACACUAAAAGAUUGAAAUAAUCAUUGUCAAAGAGAAAGCCACCAUUUGUUUCAACAUCAUCAAAAAUGAAAAUGAUUAUAUAAAUUUCUGUAUAAUUCAUAUGAAAACUGGGAUUAUUGCACCUUUCAUAAGAUCCAUUUAACUAGCUCUCAUGGGGGGCGGGGAGGCCCUGAUAUGAUGGACCAGCAAACCAUUUUUGUAAAUGACCCAAAAAUCACCUUCAUUUGUGACACUAUGAUAAAUUGAAAUGUAAUGUAAGGAGACGGCUCAGUAUAUAAACGUCUUUUCCUGUGGUGUCCCAGUUCUCAAAAUGUGACAAUUCAGAAGCAGAAAUAGCUUUGUGAAUUAUUACAUUUAAUGUUUUUCAAAGUAUACACCAAAGAUGAAAGGGCUUUUGAAAUCCUUGGUUAUCAGAUGUUUUGAACAAAGUCAGCUAUAUCACUGUGAACUUCCUUCAUUCCACCAUCUCUGCUACCCUCUGUCUCUCAGGACAUGGUCGGAUGUUACUUUCCUGAACACAACAUGAAAGGAGAGUGGGACUCUGUCCUGUGCUUAUGUGCCUACACUUCCCCUUCCUGAAUAAGAAAGUGGUGUCUGACAUAACCAAAUGCCAUGCUUACUUGCACCAAGGAUCUACCUAUUGUCUCUCACUGCCAAGCCUGAAACUAGCUCCCUUUCCAUACCAGAAGUUGGCUUUCAGCACCCAUAAUCUAUCAAUGACCUACAGAUUUAAGCAGGAGGUGCCCUAUUUAGACACUCUGCUUACAUCAGGUGUGGGGAACUGGCUCUGGUUAGUGGACCAUAUUCUGAGCUCCCCUACUGAUGGCAGGCCACUUUGGGAGGUGGGCAGGGCCAGUCCAGUAGGACUGACAUCACUGAUAUCAGUGACAUCAAGCCCUACCUUCUGCAAGUUUCAGCUGUGUUCCCCAUGGGGAACUCAAUAGUGCAGCCAUUCCAGCAGACUUGAAGGAGGUGGCUUCAACUCCUGCCUUGGGCAGGGUAUGGAUGUGCUACUAAGUUUUCUAUGGGGAAUACCAUAGCUCAGCUGAUCCCAGCAGGCCUGCACUCAAAGCCAAUCAACAGCAGUGAUAGUAAUCUCCAUGACAUGUUAAGGAGCACACACAAAUCUACCUGCCCUACACCUGACAUCAUGCUACACUUGAUAUCACAAAUACGACAUCAGGUGUGGGGCAGGUGGGCAUAAUUAUGGGAAAACAGCCUCACAGGCCCAAUUGGGGACCUUGCUAGGCCUAAAAAUGCCUGCAGACUGGAUUUUCCACACCCCUGACUUACACGUAAAGCUACAUGCAAGCUAAGAUCCCCCCCCCCAAUGACCCUUCCAACUCAUGGAUAGUGAAGGCAUAAAGUGAGGAGCUUCCCCUACUUGUGGAAGUUUCCUGAACGUUUUGGAACCCAAACUAUGCAGGUGCAACUUAGCACCUCUUGUGUACCUGUGCACAUGUUUUACAUGCAAGCACAAAUGCCCCUAAGGCCUUUUUCUGAGUGCUGGAUGCUCUCAUGUUGGGUCUUCGUGGGGCAUAAAAUAGCAGAUUCCUCCUUAUGCUGUAUAACGUGGAGUCAAGUUUAAAAUAUAAUAGUUGCUACCUCCACUUCUAGUGGAUUUCAUAAACUGGAGGGGGGAGUUCUUAAAACUCAGCAGCAACAAAGCUUCACAUGUGUCACAGUGGUUGCUAGGAAACUGUUAACAAUUUCCUGGAAAAUGUAUUAGAAAUGUUGGCCCUCAAUGCUUUUGUGAUUAGUUAGUGAGUGUAAGUAGGGUUGACAUGGAAGAAUACUAAAUCUGCUUUCUCCACUCUACUACUACUACUACUACUACUACUUCUUCUUCUUAUUAUUAUUAUUAUUUUGUAGGUACUAAGGUAAAGAACAGUGGGUUGUAUACAAAGUAGUGCUAAGCAACUCAAUCUACCAGUGCAAGGAUUAAUGCUCGCAUAACGGAAUUUCCCACCUUCUCUGGGCAGAAACCAGUGAUGGGACCUGCAGCCACCAUCUGAGGAUGCCAUGUGCCAAUCCCAAGCCUGGCUGAGAUGAUAUGGCAGUAUCAGUCAUACCAGCACCUUCAUGUGAGGAGUGGGCAGGUGACUGGUGUGAUUUGUGCAAAUCAGGGAUGCAGUAAUCCUAUCAAUUGCAGCAAAUUACACAUUCUAGCUGGAACCGGAGUUCUCACAACUGGCACCACAAUAUGAAAUGGUUGUGGACAUCAGAGUUGCUCCCUCAGAAACUCAAAUUCCACAAGGCUCAGGUUGCAGAUAUUUGUUUAAAGCCUUUCACUUCUUGGAGUCAUGUCUUUGUUUCAGCUUACUUUGAUGUUGAUGAGUCAUGGCGUGACUUACAUUACUAAUCAAGCUGAAAUAAAUAUUGUUUGGCACACACAGAA